AGAAGCAAGGACAUUGUGUACUUCGUCACAGGGGGUCAGAUCUUAACGGUUUCGCAUUACAGGUAACAACUACUUCAAUAAAUACGCAAGAAAACUUUACCUCUCAGAAGGAAGGACCUGCGACAAUUGUUUCCAAAUCUAGAGGGAAAUGUCUGGCCCCAAGCAUUCCCCGAUUUACAGACUGACUGCCACUGACCCCCAGAAACAGAGAAGGGUGGUGUCAAAAGACGGUCACAACAAUGUGAGGAUAGACAACGUGGAGGGCAUGGUCAAACUGUACCUCCAUGACAUCUGGACCACUGUAGUGGACAUUAAGUGGCGCUAUAAGCUGACUCUAUUCGCCUCAACAUUUGUGGUGACCUGGUUUACUUUUGGCGUCAUUUACUAUUUCAUUGGGAUGGGGAACGGUGACCUGGACCCUGAGCCGGGCUACAACCACACACCCUGCGUGCAGAACGUCGCAACCUUGACGGGUGCCUUCCUGUUCUCCCUGGAGUCACAAACAACCAUUGGCUAUGGCUUCCGCUACAUAUCUGAAGAGUGUCCGCUGGCCGUCUUCACUCUGGUGGCCCAGCUAGUCCUCACCAGUCUUGCUGAGGCCUUUGUAACAGGAGCCUUCCUGGCUAAGUUGGCCCGGCCCAAGAAGAGAUCCGAGACAAUAAAGUUCAGCCAUUUGGCGGUGGUGACCCAGUGCGAGGGCUGGCCCUGCUUGAUAGUACGUGUGGCGAAUUUGAGGAAGAGCCUUCUCAUCCAGUGCCAACUGACCGGCCGGCUGCUCUUCCCCUAUGAGACUCAGGAGGGGGAGAAGACCCUGGUGCAGCAGACGGUUGUGGACUUCCGGCUGGAUUCCAGCUCUGAGUGCUCCACACUCCUCCUGCCGCUCACCUUUUAUCACAUACUGGAUGAGUCCAGCCCACUGCAGAGUCUCACAGCUGAGAACCUGCGCAGCCGUGACUUCGAGCUAGUGGUCACCCUCAAUGCAACUAUGGAGUCCACAGCUGCCAGUUGCCAGAGCCGCACUUCCUACAUCCCCCAGGAGAUCAUGUGGGGGUACGAGUUCAAGCCCAUGUUGUUUGCCUCGCCCAGCGGGAGGUACAUGGCUGACUUCAACUGCUUCGACGAGGUGAGGCCUUGCAGCGAUCCCUCUAUGCUCAGUGGCCAUGUACACAAGCUCAGACUGGAGAAGGAGUACAGGAAGGACUAA